CAGCGCAUCUCGCAGCCCCCGGCAGGACGCGGCCGCCGCAGCCCGUGCGCCCCUGGCCCUGCGCCCUCGCCCCGCGCCCCGAGCCCGGUCACCCUUCAGCAUAAAACGUGAGAAUUUAAAACCUGAGAUUUCUCUGAAAUGUCGUACAGACAGGAAUUGGAGAAAUACCGGGAUCUGGAUGAGGAUAAGAUCCUUAGUGCAUUGACAGAAGAAGAACUCAGGACACUGGAGAAUGAACUGGAAGAGCUAGACCCUGAUAAUGAUCUGCUGCCUGUGGGACUCAGACAGAGGGACCAGACCAAAAAGACACCAACUGGCCCAUUCAAAAGGGAUGAGCUUCUGGACCACCUAGAAAAGCAGGCAAAAGAUAUGAAAGAUCGAGAAGACCUGGUCCCUUUCACAGGAGAAAAGAGAGGAAAAGUCUGGGUCCCCAAGGAGAAGCCAAUUGAUCCUGUUUUGGAAAGAGUAACCCUGGAGCCAGAGCUGGAGGAAGCCCUGGCUAAUGCAUCUGAUGCAGAACUCUGCGACAUCGCUGCUAUCCUUGGCAUGCACACGUUGAUGAGUAACCAGCAGUACUAUGAGGCACUCGGGAGCACCACUAUCGUUAACAAGGAAGGCCUGAACAGUGUGAUUAAGCCAACGCAAUAUAAACCAGUUCCCGAUGAAGAACCCAAUUCAACAGAUGUAGAAGAAACUUUGGAACGAGUGAAGAACAAUGACCCUAAACUCGAGGAAGUCAACCUUAAUAAUAUUAGGAAUAUUCCCAUACCGACUUUAAAAGCAUAUGCUGAAGCACUGAAGAAUAAUUCCUAUGUAAAGAAAUUAAGCAUAGUAGGAACAAGAAGCAAUGACCCUGUAGCCUAUGCGCUGGCUGAGAUGUUAAAAGCCAAUGGUGUAUUGAAAAGCUUGAAUGUGGAAUCCAACUUCAUUUCUGGGUCUGGGAUCCUGGCUCUGAUCGAAGCACUCCAGCACAAUACUUCAUUGAUCGAGCUCAAAAUUGACAACCAGAGCCAGCCGCUGGGCAACAAGGUGGAAAUGGAGAUUGCAAACAUGUUAGAAAAAAACAGCUCCCUUUUGAAGUUCGGGUAUCACUUUACACAGCAAGGUCCCCGGCUUCGUGCAUCUAACGCCAUGAUGAACAACAACGACCUUGCUCGUAUACGUCGCUCUGAUGGCCCCUGGCAUAACUUCUCGGCUCUGCAACUGGACGAUGUAUAAUGAGGAAGAGGAGACUUGCAGACUUGAAUGGGCCUUUCUAUCCCAAGUGCCGAACUGGGGUGUAGUUCCCGGCUGUGAAGAUUGUGCCUGGUGGUUUGUGCUAUACCCUGGAAAUCUGAAGGCAAAGUGCCUGCACAAAAUAUCUGUGGUGCCUCAGUUCUGUGUUGCAUAAUUAUGCACUAAAGGUUUUAAUUAACUAGCGAUUGUAGGUGACGAUUUGAUCAAAUAUCACUAAUGAUGUUGUCUUUAGAGUCAAGCCAAGUCAGUCCAGUUGCCAGUUUUAAGCAGGCUUGGUUUAGAAUACAUCACAGCACAACAGUGACUGUUAAUUCACCCAUGACUUAAUUUCUCUUAGGAUUUUCUGUGUGGUUUUUUCAGAUAUAUUUAGGAUGUGUUAUGCAUGAGUGGAAAAAAUUACUGCUCUACACAAGUUGCAUAAGUAUUUAAAAAAAUACUUUAUUUUUUCAACUUGCUUAUCUGUUUGACAAGCAUUUCUACUCUCCCACCACAAUGCUAGACCAUCCCUUUCAAGGACUUGUCAAUUACAAUUAAUUACCAACAUU